AUGACUGAUUCACGUUUCUCUGUGGGAAUUCUAACCGUCAGUGAUACAUGUUCCAAGGAUAUUUCACUUGACAAAAGUGGUACAGUCGCAGAACAAUUACUUCAAGCUGCAGGAUUCGAUAUCCCGUUACGUGAUUGUGUUCCAGAUGAUAAGCAUGCUAUUCGUUCUAAAAUUAUACAAUGGAUAAAAUCUAGCAGUCAGGUUGAAGUGAUUUUCACCUUAGGCGGUACAGGUCUAUCUAGUCGAGAUGUUACCUCGGAUGUAAUUCUUCAACUAAUUCCUGAAAGCCAACGUCUACCUGGUAUUGUUCACUGUCUUUAUUCAGUAUCUCUUCAGCACACCCCAAUGGCUGCUUUAUCACGUUUUGUAGCCGGUGUCUAUGAGCAUACCCUAUUGAUAACACUACCCGGUAGUGUACAGGCAGCGUCACAGUGUAUUCCAACUAUCCUCCCGGUAAUGAAACACGCUAUUCAUCAAAUUAAAGGUUGGGAUCAGCUUGUUAAACAAGAACAUUCAAAUCAGUAUAAUCAUAAUCCGUGUAAAAGUAUUUUAACAAACGCGUGUAGUGUUGUUAAUCGUUGUAGACAGUCUAAACAUCCAAUGAUAUCAGUUGAUGAAGCACUGAAGAAAAUAUUCACAAUUUCUAAUAAUAAUGUAAUCGAGAUUGAAGCAGUAUUUCAUAAAAAUGCUUUAAAUCGAGUACUAGGUCGAAGUCUUAAAGCACGUGAACACAUCCCGCCGUUCGAUGCAAGUAUUAUGGAUGGAUAUGCUAUACAAUUUAAAGAUGGUGGUGUUGGCGGCCAGUUGAAAGUUAUCGGAGCAUUGUGUGCUGGUGAUUCUAACUUGAAAAGUGAAAAUGGAUUGGUUGUCACCUCAGGUACAUGUGUUCGUGUCAGUACAGGUGGUCCUAUUCCCCCAGGAGCAGAUUGUGUAGUUCCGGUGGAGCAUACAAAGCUUAUUUCUAAACGGUUUGUUGAGACCGAUGGUAAAUCCACUGAAGAGGAGGAGGAAGAUAUUAUUGAAGUGACAGUUCCACCUGAAAAAGUCAAUCAAUUUAUACGUCCACGGGGUUUCGAUCUAAAGAAAUCUGAUAUCUUCAAGAGAGGUCUGCGUCUUGGUCCAGUGGAACUGGGUCUGAUUUCUGCUGCUGGCUUGUUGACACCUUGGCCAACUAACUAUACAGAUAUUCUUGAAGACAGGGAAGAUCCAAUUCCUAUACCAGUGAUGAAAUAUCUCUCCCAAGGUGGAUAUCUACCUUGUCUGAAACAAUACUCUAUUGGUGUUCUAUCAACUGGGAAUGAAGUGUUCGACGGUGUUGUUCCUGAAAUCAGACCUUGUAUAAGAGACAGUAAUCGUCCAGUCCUAAUCAAUCUGUUACGUCAGCAUAAUUAUCAUAAUGUUAUUGAUUUUGGAAUUCUCCCAGAUGAUCGACAGUCUGUGUAUACAGGCUUAUCUAGAGCUUUAGCUUCAUGUGAUAUCCUAAUCACCUCAGGCGGUGUUAGUAUGGGUGAACGGGAUAUUAUCAGUCAGAUACUGGUCGACGAAUUCCAGGCAACGCUACAUUUUGGUCGUGUUUUUAUGAAACCUGGAAAACCGACAACAUUUCUGUCUGUACCUCGAUGUACUACUACUACUAAUGCAACGACAAACUUAAGUCAACAAUCUGUACUAGUAUUCUGUCUGCCAGGUAAUCCGGUGUCAUGUUAUGUGACAACACAUUUGUUUGUUUUACCAUUGUUACGAAAAUUGGAUGCAAAACCACCAGAGGAAUGGUGUUUUCCAAUUAUUCAAGUCCGACUGUUGCAUACAGUAAAGCUAAGCGAUCGUCCAGAUUAUCGACGGGCAAAAUUGAUUUGGAAACAUGAUCCGAGUGGUGCAGUUCAACCGGCUUCUAUACCUUGUGCCUCGUGUGAAUCUAUGGGCAGUCAAAUGAGUUCACGUUUAGCUAGUUGUCUUGAUACGAACUUAUUAUUAAUAUUGCCUGAGUGUAAGGCAGAUAUGCAUGAAAUCUGUGCAGAUUCUGUUGUCAGCGCUUUGCUGAUUAAUUCAAUGAAUUGAAAUUGAAGGUAGCCACAUUGUUUUUGAGA